AUGUUGACCACAACGGCUAUCACUCCAGAGGAAAUCCAAGCUUUGGACCUAUACCUCAUGACUGCCUCGAAAAUCAAAUACAUCGGCCUUGCUGCUUUGACGCUUUAUACCUGGGACCUUAUCCUAACUUUUCCUCACGAGGUCAGACUAUGGAACACCAGGUGGACGAUUGCAAAGACUCUGUUUUUCGUGAAUCGAUACUUCGCGCUUGGAACAGCCAUCCUGAUGACAUUCUGUUCUGCAAAUGCGUUCUUUGGUGUCAUCGCAUUGUUGCUGGUAGCGAACAUCCAAAUGAUUCUGCAACAUCGAGUAUAUGCGUUGUACGGAUAUGACAAGAGAAUUGUCGUUCCUGUGUCGGCACUGUUCAUUGCGACCUUCGUCAUUAUGAUGGUGAUGGCAGUCAUCGUAUAUCUGUAUGAGAAGGAUCACGAAGCCCAGAUCUUUGGUGCUUGCUGUAUACUUGGGUCCGUGGAUUGGUUGUAUCUCUUUUGGGUACCCAUGAUGGGCUUAGAUUUUGUUCUUGUCGUGUUGGCUGGUUACAAAUCCCUUCAACACUAUUUCCAGGUACCAGACAAGACUUGGUCCGGUGCGCGUCUUAUGCGUACCUUCGCGCGAGAUUCGAUCCUUUAUUUCUUCUGCAACUUUUUAAUAUACCUGUUUAGCACCUUGCUGGGAAAAUUCGGUCCUUCUGAGUAUUAUCAACUUGGCGCGAUCACAAUCACAGUUAUCCCACCUAUAUCAGCGAACCGUCUCCUCAUUAACAUGUAUGACUCGGCACACGUCGAGCAGCCGACUUGGACAAUGGUUUCAAAAACAAAGGCUUCUCUGCAACUUGUGAGAGACACGUUGAGAAUACACCACGAGGACAUGGAGCUUGCAUUUAUGAGUAAGAAGAAUUCCCGGUGGAUGGAUGAUGAGCCAUCGUUUGACUGA